AGAGAGAGAGAGAGUGGGGCCCUUCCUCGCUCCGGACCAAGAGCAUGUGGAACAAUACAAGAAGGACGUUCAGCCUCUACGAAAGAUGGAGUAGCUCGGAAGCGAAAGAGGUGGAGAAAGAGAAGGAGGGGUAGAAGUAGUACGGUACUUGGAGUAGGAAUUGGAGUUGGAAGAGCCCAGAAGACUUGGAAAGAGGGAGGACCGAAUUUGGGCACAUUCACGAAGGCCGAGAGUGUGAGAGAGAGCGAGAGCGAGAGCGAGAGUGAGUGAAUGAGUGAGUGAGUGAGUGAGUUGAGUCCUCUGAUCUAUCUCUGGCAAGUAAGGCCUGGCUGCUGAGUAGUGAGUAAAAGCUGGCUGCUGCCAACAGUGUAUGGACCUUCAGUGGAACAAGAAUCAGAAAAACACACAUCCACUAUAUCUAUCUAGCUUUCAGGCAUCGAAAAUCCACCUCGCUAUGGCCAAAGUGAUUCUAGUGGUUCUUAAUUCAGUGCAGACCAUGGGUUAGGUCGACUUCUCUGGGAAGGCCAUCUUCAUCUAAGAAAACUGCUUUGGCACAGAUCAGUGAGGCAUUGGCAAUCAAAUGUCGAGUGGAUUGGUUCCAUGUUUGCUCAAGUUCGAAUAUGCACUCCGGAAGGAAACAUUGACAAAGUUUCAACCAGUGAUCCAGCCCUCAAUGUUCGGUUACGCGAAUCUCUUCCUGAUGUGGCAUAAAUCACAAUUAUGCAAUGACCAAAGAGUACAGCAGUGACCUCGUUAAUCAUCGCUUUCGUCCUCUGUCUGCACAGGUCUCCUACUCGCUUUGCUCCAUCUGUCGAUAAAAUGCUCAAUCCUCUUUGGAAAAUGUCUUCAAUAACAUCGCCAUUGAAACGAGCUUCUCGUUCAGCCAGAAGUAUCGUCGCAAUCACGCUUUUCCUGGCAUUGCCACAUUCUCUCUUAGGCUGUGAUCUCAAGUUCGUGUCCACAUCAAGUCCCAUGUCCAAAAAUGGGACUUUCAAGGCGCCCAUCAUCUUAAACCUGGAGGGCCAUGUUCGUCAAUGCACAUUUUCGUUCCUGGCCUUGGAAAAUGAGCGGGUCAUGAUUGAGUUCGAGGAGUUCGAUUUGGAUGGAACACCCCCUGAAUGCUUCCAUGAGCACCUGGAUCUCUUCACGGAGAUUCAACGAGCCGAGGUGACUUCACUGAUCGAGACUCCAUUUGGUGGUCGAUACUGCGGUAAAAUCACGCCUCGACGCAAGAUCUCACUCUACCAAGCCCUUUCUUUCGUCUUCCUUUCGGAUCGAGAUAAUAUCACGGAAUCCAGAUUUUCCGGCAACUAUCUCUUCAUUCCUGAUGACAAGUACCAUCUGGGCACACCCAUGCCCAAUGUGCAAAAUCCCAAGGGAGAGACGUGCAGUUUCAUCAUUUAUGCCAAAAACAAGAAGAUGGGCGAAAUAAUGGCUCCGACUUAUCCGGGAACGUAUCCGAAGAACAUGCAGUGCUCGUACAAAUUCAUCGGAGAGCCUAAUCAAAGGAUGAGACUGGAAUUCAGGGACUUUGAUCUCUUUUACGGCGGAGCUCAUUGCCCAUUCGACUACAUCACGAUCUACGAUGGUCCGGACAAGCUGGCGCCCAAAAUAGGCACCUAUUGUGGCCAAAUGAGAAACUUGGUGGUCUACUCGACAAAAAGCAUGCUGUUUAUGACCUUCACAACCCUGAAGCGCAUCGCUCCUGCCAGAAACCGCGGAUUUUUUGGCCUCUACGAGUUUUCCGAAAGUUUCGUCAAGCUGGAUUUCAUCCAGUCUGAUGCCGAGCACAUCCCUGGGACCGAAUGCGACCAAAAGAUCUUGAGCAAACGAGAGAGCGAGGGAAUGGUAUUUUCGCCCAAUUAUCCAUUUCCCUAUCAGACCAACGUGGUUUGUCGAUAUUUUAUUUAUGGGAUGCAAGAUGAGCAGAAUCUCGAGCGAGUCGUCCUUGAGUUUGACAAGUUCAACGUGCCCAUGGACGAUAAUCAAUGCAACGAUGGAUAUCUCAAAGUAUACAUACGAGGACAAGAGGAGGACCACGAAUACGAUAACCACGAUUAUGAGUUCUGCGGCAAGUCUAUUCCCACUCGAGUGAAGACUCCUGGUCCGAGACUCGUGCUUUUGUUCAAUGCUGGAACACGCCCGGGUUCCGGAUUCAAAGCCAAGUUCCGCUUUGAGACAGAAUACCUGAUCCCAGUGGGAACACCUGCACCGGACGGGAGUUGCAAAUUUACAUAUCGAAGUCUGUCCAGGCGAGAAGGGCGGUUCAAUUCGCCUCGACAUCCCUCCAACUACCCUUCGUCGACCAACUGCACGUACUUGUUCUUUGCCACACCCAAACAGCAAGUUCAGAUCGUGUUCGACACGUUUAAAGUGCGAACCGACAACCUGAAUAGGAACACUUCAUUAGGAGCAUGGAACGCUUAUGGACGAGUUCAAUGUGUGGAGGACUGGCUCGAGAUUUACCAAAUCUACCGUGAUAAUUCCGAGGAGCUCGUGGGUCGGUAUUGUGCCAACUCGGCUCCCGGUCCAGUGGUCUCGCUCAGGGAGCUCGCCGUUGGGCUUAAGGUGUUCUUGCACACGGAUGAACAGGAUGUUUACUCGGGAUUCUUGGGUCGAUACAGAUUCUUCGAGGAGACCUCGGUCUUUGGAAACGAAUGUGGAGGUAACAUCACGAACCUGGAGAAUGGGAUCAUUUCCAGUCCCAAUUACCCGGAGAAGUACUCGGAAAGCACCAUCGGGGGGAACACUCAAUGCCAUUGGUUCAUCCACGUCCGACCCAAUCACAAAAUCUUGGUCUUUUUCGAAGAAUUUGAGGUGGAAGGCGAGCCGAGUGAUCGAGGAUGUCCGGCAGCCACGUUGCGGGUUUGGCCAUGGAAGGAGCGAGACAAGACUCCUUUGGAACUUUGUGGAGAUAACUUGGAGCACAACUCCCAGCUCUUAUCAGAAACCAAUGUGAUGAGGAUUUCAUUCUUCAUCGCUGAUAAGGCCGUGGGUGCUAAGGGGUUUAAGGCCAUUUGGACCGAAAUCCGCGAUCCACGAGAAUGCGGCCUCAAUGGAUAUGAAUGCUCCACCUCCAAGUAUUGUAUUUCGGACCAGCUCAAGUGCAAUGGGAUUAAUAACUGCGGCGCCACAGACAAAUCUGACGAGAUGGAUUGUAUCAAAGUGACCGAGGUGAACGAGUUUAUGGUUCUGGGCUUGGGUCUAGGCAUCACCAGUGUGGUCAUGAUUGCCAUCUUCAUAUUCUGUCACCGCAAACAGAAACGAAGGCGACUCGAGCAUCCCAUGAUCCCUAGCCACGCCCAUUUCCACACCUGUGAGUCGAUUGGCGAGCGAUUUGCCACGAGUUCGUCCAUGGAUUCCGUAAGUAACUAUUAGGUAUGACUAUCGAGGGACGAGCUCCUCGUCGCGGUCCCAGGCAAACCGGUGCCAUCCUCGCAAUCGCGGGGUAGGAUGGCCGCCGGAGCCAUGGGGAGUGUCGAGGAAGUUCGUCCCGUGAGCAGCAUGAGUGGUCUCACCGCCUCAGCCAUGGCCAGACGUAAGAAGGGUCCCAAUGCGGGUCAUUCCAACAUGCCCCCUCCUCCUCCGCAGCAUCACCAUCAACCACAACAGCAACAGCAGCAUCCGCAUCAUCAUCAACAACAACAUUUUAACCAUGCAGGCCCCGGACUGCGGGCUAGUAGUGGACAUAUCGCUCAAGAUCACAUUCAAAGCUAUGAGGAUCGCUUGGAACCUGAGGAAGGCGGUUUUGUGGGCGAUGAAGACCCGUGGAGAAGAACGCCCAUUUCAAGACAGGGCUCUUUAGGCUCGAGGCGGGUUUUGCCCAUGGGAGCAGGAUCCACGUCUGAGCCCUGCAUUGAUCCGAAUGUUUUUGACGACGAUGAUCUCGACGAUGACGAUGAUGACCUCGAUGAAACCUUUCAUCAUUGAGAGGUCCUCCUCGAAACCAAGUCUUCUUAAUAACUCAGAACCAGGGGUACUACUACUACUAAUACUUCUAUUGCUAAUUCUACUCCCACGUACAAUUACAACCAUUGUUACAACAAGAGUAACAACAGACAGUAUUGUACACUACUCAAUUGAUAGAAGCCACGCCCACCCAAACGUCGAUCAUGGGAGGAACGUCUUGAUCCCAAAAUGACAAAACACACGCCGCCCAGAUUGCUUUCUCAUUUGAUGGCGUGGAUUGAAUGUGUACAAUUCGCAAAAAGAACAUGAAGAUGAUGAUGAUGUGCCAAGUUGAUUCGAUUCCGAUUCUCAAGAAUGGGAAAAAUGUUCGUUAUGAAAGCUUUUUUCCGAUUUGCAUGACGUCAUUAUAAGACUUCACCCAGUCUCUACGUAUUUUAUUACUAAACACACUGCAAUCUUUUGAAAAACCACGUUCCGCGAAUGAAACGUGGUUUCUGUUCCAUUCCAGAAAAAAAAAAUGAUCACAAUAAUGAGAAUAAAAUUGAAUUUAUUGAA